AUGAGGCGGCCAGCCACAUCCUGUGCAGCGGUGACGCGCGGGGUGGUGUUCGUCGCUGCAUCUGCAAGCUGUGCCUUAAAAGAAGUCAAGUUCUCCAACGACCUAUCAUCGGCCGGCGCAAGGACGCUACUACAUAAGCUCGCGGUCCACUAUCCAGACCACCACGGCUGUGGCGGUGGUCCCACUGAUCGUCCUUUGCUGCUGAUGCAGGUGACAGAGUUCACGUGCAGUGGAUUUGCUUGGGGUGACCUGGAACCACGCUGUCGCCGAUGGUGCUGGGAUGGGCCAAUUCUUGCAGGCCAUCGGGUGAGUUUGCCCGUGGAUUGCCAUCGCCUACAGUUCUUCCGGUCAGCUAAUGUGCGCAAGCAUGUUGUUGGCCUGAAGAAAGCGUACUACGGCAAUUGCCUAACCGCGGAAAUUGUCAGGGCAAAGAGUGGCACGGUGGCACGUGGAGAUAUCAUCGACCUGGUGAACUUGAUCAACUACUCCAAGGAGAAAAUAGGUGACCAGCUGUUCAAGAAUAACACAGGCAGCAGCUGCCGGCGGCAGGAGGAGGAGGAGGAGGCGGCGGCUCUCCAGGUUCCAUACGACCUGCUAACUAUUUCUUCCUGGAGAAAUCUUGGCCUCGACGAAGUUGACUUUGGUAGCGGGAGACCCGCACGGGUUGCGUCCUGUGUAGCAGAGGACCAGCCCGCCCAGCAUUCCAGUUUUUGUACUGUUACCUGA